CACAGUAGCAAAGUAGAACCUUAAGGCUUUUCCCUACCUCAGAAAAUUGGCUAGUCUUAUCCGAUUCCCAUCCCACCAACGCCCAAACUAUCAUAGUUUCUCUUCUAUUCUCUGCAGUCUGCCCUGGGAAGUUGCGACUUGCGAGCUAUGGCGUGUGCUAUGAGCCAACUCCUCUACCCAACACGUGCGUCUUCCCAAGCCCACUUGCAAUCCUCUCCUUGUCUUCCCGUUUCUCGCUCAUUCCUAAUAACCUCUGGCGGGGCCAAGACUCGCAUCUCCGGGCUCGUUGAAUUCUACUGCGACCAGAGUCUGACGGUAGUGGCCAAAUCUUCGCAGGAAAAUGAUGGCAUUGUGGCUGCUGACGAUGACAAUGAAGAUGGAGUCUCUUUGGGAACCCUGAAGUUGCCUGGGAAUACUGACCUUAACAGAUUUGAGAGCUUGCUUUUCCAGUGGGCAAACAGUCUUUGCCAAGGAGCUAAUCUGCCACUCCCAGUGCCAUUAAAGCUGUCCACUACUGAAAUCUUCCAUUUCCAGCUUCUGCAACCUUCUAUUCUUCACAUUCCUUCAGAGGCUUGGGAGUCAGGCCCACGUUAUCAGUUUUUGGGCUGCUUGCAUCAAAUAGACUUUCUUAUCUCUAUAAAUUCUUGUCAGACCUUGUGCAUUGUUGGAUUGAAUGGAUACUCUCAUCUCAGUUGCUUCCUUCUAUUAUUAUUAUUUUUUCAUAGAAAAAAAAUCUUAAAUGCUGGCACGCUGCAGACUGCAGUAUUCUGAAUUUCUGAUACUCAAUCUUGUCGUACAUAAUUUUGCUUUUUCUUGCCUUGAUCAUUAACUUGAGUAUUGCUUCUGUCCUCAACUUGCACAGGCAAUUUAUCGUUUUGUUUUGUUUUCUCCUGUCUUAAAUCUGGACGCAUGAAGCAUUUUUCUAAUAGUUAAAUGUUUGGAUAUAGAUUUGUGUAUUUAUUACAUAUAUUUUAAUUAAUUCUGUACAAAUCUUUCCAUAGAUAUCUGAUCUGGUUGGUUUUUAUAUGAGAUCAAGUUUUUUCAGCUGUCAUGUUAGGUUCAAAAAGUUGCCAGGUUUAUAGACAUUGCCUUCAUCAUCAUUACUCAUCAUGUAAAAUUAAUCGUCUUUGCAUAAUUCCUAUCAAAUCACUUAUUUGUGAUUCAUAUGAGUUAUUUUUUGCUUUUAAUACUGAAUCAACUCUUUGAUGAGACCUGAGAAAAUG